CGCGCGGAUGAUGAACGUGAUUGAGUGAAAAAACUAUGGUCAAAUUCAUCUUUAAAGAAAAGUGCACCAAGGAUCCAGGCUGUACGAGGAUAUGAGCCAGGGUGCCACUGAUGCUAAUGGUGAUGAUGAGGAUGAUGGCCCUGUUACAGUCAAGACCAACACCCCCCAACAUUCCAGCUACCUGUUCAUUAUUCGAUGCUCGGCAGAGCAGAAUCCAAAAAGAUCAGGACACCUGGAUCUUUGUGAUUUUGGAAAACCAGCAGGAGCAAUUCUCAUCCUGGCGAGAGGUUCAGCACAAGAUGCAGUUCCGAGUGAGUUGCCAGAGGAGAUAUCUUUCCCCCUCAAAACUGUGGUGGAUUUGGCAGCCUUCAAAGAGCGAAAGUCACAAGCGAAUGCUGCAACAUCCAUUGUAAAAUACUUGGCAGAAUAUGGUGGGAGUGACACAGUGGACACGUUUUCCCGGAUAAUGAAGACGGUGUUGACAACAAAUCUGGCCCGCCAAUACAACCUAAAGGAAACCAAACAAAAAAAGAAACUGGACAGACUCCACUUGAUAAACAUCUUUUUCAGAUGUCAAUAAUUUAACACAGCAACACACUUUAGAACCGCAAGGAAAUGGAGGGGGCCAUAUAGAAGUGGCUUUCCGAGUCGCGGAGUCGUGAGGUUGGCCGCAAAGAUCGAGCAAGAGUCACCCCGAUGCUUCCUGAGUAGAAUGUUGACUUAUUUACUUACCAUAAAAUUUACGAUUCCACGAACCACGAACAUACGGAUUUACGACUCAGAAUUAAACCAGCAAAACUUGUCAGACUAUUUUUCAAAUUGAUAAUAUACAAUAUGUAUGCUUCUAUUGUUUUAUCAUAAACACAUCAAUGUCAUGUGACAUGUUAUGUAGUUUGUAUGCAAAAUGUAUCACAAUAAUGUAAUAAUGAGAUAUCUCCAACUUUUCCCCUAAAUUUUCAUAUCAUUAAGGGCUUCAAGAAGAGCAUUUCUUAUCUAUAUUUAUAGGCAAAUCCAUGUUGCUUUUACUUUUUUUGUAUAAACAUAAGACAAACUGUCCAUGACUAAUAAGAGACCCAUCAACAAGACAAAUAUGUUUAGUUCACAUUUGGAUGAUUGUUCUAAAGAAGACUCUUAAUAAGCGAAACCUGUUGACAUUGAAUAAUUAUCAAAAUAUCUCGGAAUGAUGUCAGUUUUUGUUUUACUAUAAUAUUUUCUUAUCCUGGGUACACCAUUUUAAACUUUGAUACACUCAAAAUAAACUUAUUUUAAGAUGAAGCAAGGAAUUUGGCUGAAUGAAAUAAGCUACUUACGGGUGUUACGCUUAAGAACUUUCGAGAAAUUGGGGCCAGAUGACUUUAAUUAUAUCAACCCCAUUUAUUUCCCUGGCGAUUAAACAGUGAUCCCAGAUUUGUAUAUGCAGGGUUGCCAGCGGACUUGAAAAGUCAGGGAAAUUGGGUAUUUUUUCAAGGUCAGGGAAUUGUCAGGGAAUUUUGAAAUUUGGUCAGUGAAAAAUGAAAAUCCUGAAAAGUCAGGGAAAAGUCAGGGAAAAAUUAUUUCAAAGGUCGAAAAAUAUACGCAUUGAAGGUCUUUCUUGGCUAUGGCAGUCUUUAGGCAUUUAAUAUUUGACUUUAUCACUCUCACAGUUAAGCAUUAAAUUCAAAUAACAGUAAACUGUGAUAUUAAGAAGCAUUAUAUGUUAACUUAGUGAUUAUAAUACCCAUUAUUUACCUUAGAACAUCAUUCAGCCUAAAGACUGAAAGGCUUUGCAACCCUUGCCUCCAGAGCUGACUAAUACGUAAUUUCUGUUGUAUUGUAGGAAUAUAACACCAGAAAAGAGAAUUUACCUGACAUUAUAUUCUAAUCUAUAGAUUAUUAUCCUUGUUUCAGGUGUUGCGGUUUCUUUAUAUCAUCUAAUAAAGGGAUUUGAUGGCAGAUAAUAUAAUUAAAUUACUCUGUUUCAGGCUCUUCCUUGUUAGCAUGACAAAUUAACAAAUAUGGGUUCAAAACAGACAUCUUUCAAUAAUAACUGGCUUACGGACACAGAGUUUAAGUGUUGGGUAGGAAAAGACCCAAACAAUGUGAAUAAGGCCAGAUGUGUUGUUUGUGGUGGAGGGUCAUUCUUCUUAGGAAACAUGGGCAAGCAAGCCCUAAGAAGCCAUGCAAAAGGAAAGAAGCAUACUGAAAAACUUGCAUUAUGUUCUUGUUUUCAUGCUAAUGUUUCACAUGUUUCACUGACCAACAGUCACACUGUGUUUGAAUAGAAAUAGUUAAGAAUAGUAGAACACUAUGUUUGAAUCAUUACUUUGAUGUACAAUGUAAAUGUUUUAUAUUUUGGAAAAUAAAUACAAGUUUACAUGCAAAAAUAUAAUGGGAGGAUUGGACGGCUAUAGGGGAGGUCAGGAGGCCGUUUAUGUGUUUGACGAUUUUGGUCAGUGAAAAACAUGAAUUGGUCAGUGAAAAGUCAGGGAAAAGUCAGGGAAUUUUAUUUCACCAAAGUGCUGGCAACCCUGAUAUGGUAGAAACAUUUUUUAACCUAUGGAUUGAGCGUGUAUAUAUUAAUAAAUUCUUCUUGAUAUACAACAAUGAAUCAGGUCUAAAUGAUAUAAUUUUAUUAUGUAAAUAUUUGUUAUAACUUAUAUGCUGUUGCUCUACUUUUGUUUCAUAUGUAUUUUGUAAUGUAACUCAACAUACAUGGAGGAAAUAAGGAUAUAUAUAUGUUUUAACAUUCAGUCAUGUCAGUUCACUAGUCAGUAUUACAAGGUGCAUUAAUUGUGUUAGUCAAUAGCUCUGGUUUGUGUUUAAUUUUUUCUCCUUUUAAUUUUUUUUUUUAUUUUACAUGUAUGAUUUUUGUGAAUGAAUCCACUGUACCAAUGAACUUGAAACUGUUAUUUCAUUUCUGGUUUGAAACGCUGCUUUAUGUCUAAGCAAUAUUGUUAUACUUGAAUGUGUAGAUGCACUCCAUGCUCUGUUUAUUAGAAUUGUGCGUCUUUCGAUUAGUGUAUUUGUUUUAAACACAUUCGUUAAAGCAUUCGGAGCUCCGCGGCCAUUUUUAUCGAAAACAACCUUAGAUGUAUGCUGGUACAUCAGUUAAAUUUCUUAAUUAUAUCAUGAAUUAAAUGUAGGGUUUUAGAAUUGUUUUUAUUGAUCUAAGUUUAAAUUGAUUGCCAGUGAAGUGUAAUAUUGCAAACAUAAUUAAGAUUCCCAAGAGUUAAGUCAUAAAGUUUAACUGCUAAAAAAAUUACUACGCGAUCUACUUGCAGCGGACUUAAACGUACCGCUUUUUGAGUAUGUAAACCGUCCAAAUACAUCAGAGGUUGUUUUUGAUAAAAUGGCCGAGGAGCUCCGAAUGUCGUUAAAGCCUUUAAAAAGUGUGUUUUUUUACAUGUAAUUUUUGACACACUUCAGUUUGACAGCUUUAACUGACAGAUACAAUCAAUAAAACAAAGUUUUCACUUAUUAUUAAGUUAUUAAUCAAAUUACCAUAUAAAUGUACUAGAUAGUUUUAGCUUGGUAUUGUCAAACCAAACUGAAAAAAAUGUGUCAUAAUUUCAGUGACAUUUUUCUUGUGUGCCACUUUUAUAUUGCCAGUAUUACGCAAAAUAUUAACAUUGUCAGUAUGUAAUUUUUGUUGUCUUUUUUAGUGUACAUCUUGUUUUACAUUUCUAAUGUUUUCAUGUUAAUAAACUUAAUA